GGCACCUCCGCGCGCUGCUGAAUGGAAGCCGGUCGCGGUCAGGACGCACGGGGACUGCGGCUCGAGCAUCGCCAUCAUCACCGCCAUCAGCAUCAUCCGCAUCAUCGGGAUCGCGGUCACCACCGUCGCCACCACCGCCCCCCCCCCCCUUCCUCCCUCCCCCCGGUGCUCGGCAGCCUCGGCGCAGCUCCUCCGUGUCGCUGGAAGAUGGUGGCGAAGCAGAGGAUCCGCAUGGCGAACGAGAAGCACAGCAAGAACAUCACGCAGAGGGGCAACGUGGCCAAGACCCUGCGACCGCAGGAGGAGAAGUACCCUGUUGGACCGUGGCUCCUUGCUCUGUUUGUAUUCGUUGUUUGCGGAUCAGCUAUCUUUCAGAUCAUACAAAGCAUAAGGAUGGGCAUGUGAGCCUCGCGCCAGGAACCACCUCUCCACCCCCACUCCCAGCCCCCCACUCCCCCAGGGGACCAAGGACCGGUGGCGGCGGUCCCGAGGAAAGCCGGAGGCUCGGACUGGGCCCCCGGAGCUGCGGCGCCUCAUUCGUUACGUCUCUUCAACAUGCCGACCGUGUUCUUGGCUCGAAGGACGGUGCGAUUUUUUUACUGACUGCAGCCUGUCGGCUCGACUCUGGCCGUUUAGAUGUCCUGCACCUCAGCCGUCUCAUGUCCACCCGUGCCAUUAAGUAAGCGAAAUCUCUGAACACGUGCCAUACUCUGUUUAUAAGUUUUGUGUGUACAGUGGAAAUGUUUUUCAAUUAAAUGGUAAACUUCA